ACGACACUUCCGGUUGGGGGGAAAUUGAUGCCGUGUCGAGAAGGCGGCAGCUAGCAGCGUUAGCAUGUGUAUAGAAGAUAGCGGUGUUGUAGUAGGCCGUUCGUGAGGUUCUUUGACACAAAUAUCAAUAUGUGAGUCGAGCUACAACAGUCAGGAUUGUUGUAAAUGAGUGAAAAGGACUAGGUGAGAAAUGUGAAGUGGCUGAUUGUGAGACUAGCAGAUGAUUGGAGCUGCAGUGAAGAGGACGUCGGUGUGUAAAUUUGAGUUUAUGGAGCAGCUGCAGUAACGAUGUCUUCACUUGAGUCUCUGAGAGAGUUUAUCAGCGAGCGACUAGCUGCUGUUGCUGAAGAAAUCUUCAGACACUGUGAAGAAACCAUCACCCAGUACGAGGAGGAGCUCUGUCGUCAGCGCAGACUGGAUAUCACCAGGAAACCACAGCUUCAACUGCACGCCAUAGUCCUCCCCCAUUAUUAUGUGAGUGAAAAGGUAGAUCUCUGCAACCAGCAGAACCCCAGAGUGGAACAGAAGGAACAAGAACCUCCACAGAUUAAAGAGGAACAGGAGGAUCUAGACCUUCCACCCUUUGAAGAGGAAUGGGGGGAACCAGCACCUCGACAGAUGGACGUGGAGCAAGAAGGUCUCCCUCCACAGUUGAAACAGGAGCAAGAAUGGCUCUGCAUCAAUCGGGAUGAAGAGCAGCUUAAUCUGAAGCAGGAGACUGAUGACUUGAUGGAGACUCCUACCUAUGAGGAAAAUGAGCACAAUACAGCAGGUCUAAACAGUCAGCAAAGCUUUGUAAGUAAUAACCAGGAUCAAGAAGGAAGUCGGGAUGAAGAAUCAUCAGCAACAGAUGGAGAGACAGACUCACUGAACAGAGAUCAGAGGAAUAAAAAAGACAAAAGUCAUGACAAAAAUGUGGACAGCUCUCACAUGUCAGAUAAUCAGCGUGACUCAGAUGUUAGUAAAAAACUCAAGGAGACUUUGAAUAAGCAAUGCAUACAACCCCCGUGCAAGAAGAGACUUUCCUAUAAAAAGUCUGGUAAAAGUUCGAGAAUAGUUAGUAAUUUGUCUGUCUACAUGAGAACUAAUUCUGAUGAAGGACCUUAUGUCUGUAAAGAAUGUGGUAAAGGUUUUAGUUGGUCAUCUCAGUUCAGACUUCACAUGAGAACUCACACAGGAGAGAAACCUUUUCCUUGUAAGGAAUGUAAUACAUGUUUUAGUCAAAGAGCUAGUCAAAAAAGACACAUGCGAACUCACACAGGAGAGAAGUCUUUUUCUUGUAAAGAAUGUGAUGCAAGUUUUAGUCAAAGAUUUGAUCUGAAAAGACACAUUGGCACCCACACAGGAGAGAAGCCUUUUUCUUGUGGAGAAUGUGAAACAAGUUUUAGUCGAACAUCUAGUCUCAAAUCACACAUGAGAACUCACACAGGAGACAAACCUUUUUCUUGUAAAGAAUGUGAUACAAGGUUUAAUCGAAUUUAUAAUCUUAAAAUACACAUGAGAACUCACACAGGUGAGAAGCCUUUUUCUUGUGAAGAAUGUGAUACAAGUUUUAGUCAAAAAUCUAGUCUCAAAAAACACAUAAGAACUCAUACAGGAGAGAAGCCAUUUUCUUGUGAAGAAUGUGAUAAAACUUUUAGUAGUGUAUCUAAUCUCAAAACACACAUGAGAACUCAUACAGGAGAGAAGCCUUUUUCUUGUAAAGAAUGUAACAAAAGGUUUAGUCAAAGAUUUCAUCUAAAAAAACACAUAAAAACUCAUAAAGGGGAGAAGUCUCUUGUCAGUGAUGUAAUUGUUUCAGUCUGAGUUAGUAGAAGGCAAUAGAUUCUGAAGCACUUCCUCUGCUGACAAGCUAUGUUGAGAUGUAGAUUUUAUUUUUCAACAGGAUGUAGCAUCUUUCUGCCAAAGGCUCCUUUACUAACUUUCCUGAACCUAUUAAAACUCUAUGAACUGCUGUCAAGAAGUUAAGACACCAGACCCAGCAUACAUGAUGAGCUGAAAUCAACUAUGAAAACAACUUGAGCUUUUAUUUCAUGUACACAAAGCCACAUGAUGAUAAACUACACAUUGAUGCCAGGGCUCCAGACUAACUUUUUUCACUAGGAGCACAGUGGCCCCUAACUGAAAAAUUUAGGGGCGCAACCAGAAAAUUUAGGGGCGCAUACCGUAAA